AACCACCCAAAAAAAUUUAAUGUCCAUUAUUGAUAGAACCGCUUCAGCAGCGUGGGUCGGGGGUGUGACUUUUGGGUUUUCGCUUUUCGCCAUAUAAAUCUGCUCUCACUUCACUCAUUAGUCAUUACCUAUGUUUCAACGUAAUUAAUUUGGAUUUCUAAAAUUCCCUUAGUUUCGAGAUAUCAAUAUAGUGUCAUGAUCAAUCCUGAGCUCGUCCUUGCGCACAAAUUUCCUGAGACGAAAUAUCGGUAUUCCGAGAGAGAUGCAGCGUUAUAUGCACUUGGUGUUGGAGCAUGUGGGACUAACGCAGUUGAUGCCAAUGAACUGAAGUAUGUUUACCAUGAUGAUGGUCAACAAUUCAUCAAGGUCUUGCCUACUUUUGCAGCUAUAAUAUCUUUAAAUUCUGAUCCUAAUCUUUUCAAUAUUCCAGGAAUGGAGUAUGAUCCACGACUUCUCCUGCAUGGACAACAAUACAUAGAAAUUUACAGGCCACUUCCAUCGAACAGUUGUAUAAGAAACACGACAAGAGUUGCUGGGUUGCAUGAUAAAGGUAAAGCAGCUAUCCUGGAAAUAGAAAUGACAAGUUUUGAUGAGGAUUCUAGGGAACCACUUUGCAUGAACAGGAGCACAAUCUAUUUUAGGGGUGCUGGUGGUUUUUCAAAGUCUUCGCCACCCUAUACUUUCACAAAUUAUUCAGGGACCCAGCUUCCAGCCAUUAAGAUUCCCAAAAGUCAACCUUUUGCAUCAUUUGAGGAUAUUACUCGACCAUCUCAGGCAUUGCUAUACAGACUCUCUGGAGAUUAUAAUCCAUUGCAUUCUGAUCCUAUGCUUGCAGAGACGGCGGGUUUUCCUCGUCCCAUAUUGCAUGGACUCUGCAGUCUUGGUUUUGCAGUCAGAGCUGUUAUUAAAUGCAUUUGCAAAGGGAACUCAGACAUGGUCAAGAGUUUAUCUGGUCGAUUUCUUUUGCAUGUCUUCCCUGGUGAAACUUUGAUCACAGAAAUGUGGGUCGAGGGUUUGAGGGUUAUUUAUCAGGUAAAGGUGAAGGAGAGAAACAAAGUGGUGCUUUCUGGUCACGUUGAUCUUAAUCGUUUAUCUUCACAGCUAUGAAUCAUCAACUGAAUAGCAAACAGUAUCAUUAUGCCCUGUAACUAUUCCUUGUCGCCUUUACUGGUUACUGUACAGAGGUUGUGCUACUUUCAAGUAAUAAGGUUAGUUCGAACUUGAUCAUGAAGCCUUUGUUCACAAUAAAGGGUGUUCUUUCUGUUGUAUUUCGUCAUCAAAAUCUGUAAUUCAAUGAUGUUGUGCUUAACCUAUUAUGUAUUAGUAUAUUAUGAAUGUAAUUUUUUAAUUUUUUUUUUUUUGAUUGUUGAUCGAGGAUUUUAUUUGCUUAAUUGUUGAUCAAGUAGAAUCUUCUGAUUUA